AUGACGCGCGGAACUACAACUCCCAGAAUGCAACGGGUCGAGACACGCACGCCCGGGAGCCAAGUAGUUCCGGAGGACGGAGCAGGUUCGCUUCCGGAAACAGGCGGCGGUACCAUGGUUACCAUCUUCAAAGCUGGUUUCCCAAUCCGUUGGGUGGUGAUGUUGCAAUGUCGGCCUUGGUUUUGCAAGAUGCAAAUUCCCAGUUUGUACGUGGGAAGGCCUGUCUCCACAACCCCUGAUAAACCAUCAGCCAUGGAGACUGAAAAAUUCCAGAUGAUUUAUCGGUUUCCUGGCAUCAGAUUCUGUGGGUCACUGUCCCGGGUAAAGAUUCUGCAGACAGGGAUUACUGUGGUAAUAUUGCCACUUAGCUAUUAUUGGUACAUCCAGGGCCUCAUUCCCCUGGACUCCUUAUAUUUCACAGGGGGCAUUGCUAACGUUGCCUUAGCCAUGUUGUACUGGAUUAGUCAUUUCUUUCGUCGGCUUGUUGGGAUCCUUUAUAUGAAUGAGGCUGGCACUGUGUUGCGGGUGGCACACCUGACCUUCUGGGGCCGACGUCAAGACACAUAUUGCCCAGUGGCCAACAUAAUUCCUGUAUCUGAGACCAGUGAACAUCCCUUUGAUGUGUUCUUGAAGAUCCAACAGUAUGAUGGUGAUCAGACCUUCUACUUAACACUGCGUUUUGGACACAUCCUGGAUAGGAAACGCUUUGCACAGGUGUUUGGGAAUCUUGAUGGAAAACACUGAUGGUUUGGAAGAAAAAACCCCUGGACUUUAGGGGAGUGUGCUUUCACUGGAGCUUUGGAUGGUAGCCUCGAGUGUGCCUGUACUGUACCUGUGCCAAGGAUUUCUCCCAGGGCUUAAACUAGAGAGGGAAGUUAAGAGGCAAGAAACUUUGAGUGUCUGGUGGCAGGCACUUGUCAUUCAAUGUCAAGAGAUAAGUGAACUAAAAGCAGACCUAAGUUUCUGGUAAAACAAGUUGCUGAACAGGCUUUGAAAAGAGAGUACCCAGUGGAACUGUGAAACUGCUUUUAGUGCUGCUGUGCCAAUUGGUCUUCCACUUGCAUAUUUUUUCUGGAAAAAGGCAGUUUGAUUUUCUGGAGAGAAAAUUGUCAGGACCCAGUGGAUCCUUGUUCUGCUGCUGACUGAUUAUAAUGGCCAUGAUGGCCUGUGAAUGACAUUCAGUCUAUCAAAAAGAAAGUAUUACUUUGCUGAUAUUUAGUAGGUGCUUGAGGAAGGCAUGACUAGGAUAAAACAUGGCUAUUUCAUUCCCCUCAGAAAGGAAGCUUUGUGCACUCCUCGGAAACAGGAUGGAAAUCAGAGGUUAGCAUAACGUCACAAUUGUGAGUUUUUUAACCUUUCAGAGAUCUAAAUAUCUUACACUGUUAACAUUACAGUUUAAUAAAAAAAAGUUUUGGAGGUUGAAUGGUU